CCUAUAUUAUAAUCUAUAGUUAAGUCAGGAAUGAUGAAGAUACAUUUUGGACUUGCUGCAUGUAUUAUAGUCAUACAUAUAGGUUGUCUACAUGCAGAAUCUCGUCAUUCUACAGAGAAGACAGUCAAUCAUUUAUAUGAUGCAAAAAGUAUUUUGUUUAUAGUCCUCUCCCAGCCUAAUGAAUAUCAUGUCAGUCAGGCAAAACUAUUCAGACAACAAUUUGUGGACCAGCUUACACAAUUAGAUAAGGCUGAUUGGCCUCAACUUAUUUUUACUCAUGAGGAUUUUGUUGAUGUGCAUGGAAGCUGGACUGUGAUUCCUCUAUUGGGAAAAUUGGUAGAGAAGCUGAAAAAGUCCAAUACCUCAUGGGUUUUUAUUUGUGAGGAGGAUACACAAGUUGACAUUGGUGGGCUUUCAUCCUUACUGCAACAGUAUGAUCCCUCUCAGGAAUAUUUUCUUGGAAGAGAGCUUAGAGACCAGCAAACAACCAUCAUCCACCAUUUUGCUUUUGCUGAUGACCCAUCCAAAUUUACAUACCCCGACUUUAGAGCUGGUUUUGUUUUGAGUAGGGCACUUGUGGUCAGCUUAUUUAAAAGAUUUAAAAAGGGUAAAUUUAAAGCAGAUUUCUCCAUCGACCCAAAGCAUGAGUUGAGCAUGUUUAUUUGGGAUAAUGGAGUAGGAACAACUCUGACAAACAUCAAGGAGUUUUGCUCGGCAGAUAAAAGCUCAGGUUCUCAUUGUGUAACACGGCAACCACAGAAGUUUCCAGAGUGUGGGGUUCCGUUAAAAAAACAGGAUCUGGUCGUUGCUGUUAAAACAUGCCAGCAGUUCCAUGAGACCAGAGUCCCCAUAGUGCAGGCCACAUGGGGGAAACAAGCUGGGGUUAUUGAGUACUUCAGUGAUGUCAAGGACAGCAGGAUACCAACCACUGAUCUGGGCAUCCCAAACACAGAGAGAGGGCAUUGUGGGAAGACUAUAGGCAUCAUCAGGAGGAUAGUGGACACCACAGCUCUGUCAUCCCCCGCCUGGGUUUUGAUCGCGGAUGAUGACACCAUUAUAAACCUGGACAGGUUGAGGGCGUUGCUGGCGUGUUACAACCACAGGCAACCUGUGGCCCUGGGGGAAAGAUACGGGUACAGUGUGGUGCAAGGGGGAGGUUACGACUACAUCACUGGAGGUGGGGGCAUGGUGUUCAGCCAGCCAGCCAUACGUCUGCUGUCGACCAGGUGCAACUGUUACGCUGACGACUCACCUGACGACAUGACACUGGGGAUGUGUUUGAAAUCCAUUGGUGUCCCUGUGACACACAGUCGGUUUUUCCACCAGGCCAGGCCAGAUGACUACAGCAAAGAUUUCCUCUCCAACCAGCUCCCUGUGUCUUUUCAUAAACACUGGAACAACGACCCUUACAAGGUGUUUGCUGACCUGACAGCUGACCACACAGAUAACAAGGUGAAGGUUAUGAAAAAGAAGCACACAGAAGAGUUGUAGAUUGUUUAUCUGACGGCCAUAUUGUAUCAGAGGUUUAGUCUUUUUGAUCAGAGGUUGACAGCCGUGUUGGACCAAACACUUGAACCAAAGAG